AUGGUGGCGGGACUGCUCGAGGCUGAUGCGGGCUCCGUCAAGGUCUGUGGCAUCGACGCUUUUGCGGACCCGAUUGCCGCCAAGCAGGUCCUGGCCUGGGUUCCGGACGAACCCAUGGUCUACGACAAGCUGACACCGCUCGAAUAUCUUGAGUUUGUGGCAGGCCUCUGGAGCAUGGAACCGGACCUUGCGCGUUUCAGGGCCGAUACUCUGCUCGACUCCUUCGGACUUGCGUCUCAUUCCAAUGAACGUUGUGGCGGGUUCUCCAAGGGGAUGCGUCAGAAAGUGGCGCUUGCCGGUGCCCUGAUCCACGAACCGCGUUUGAUAAUCCUCGACGAGCCGCUCACCGGACUUGAUGCAGGGUCUGCGCGGCAGGUGAAGAAGGUGCUGUCCGGCCUUGUUGCGCAGGGCGUGUCGAUCGUCAUGACGACGCAUAUCCUUGAAGUCGCGGAGCGGAUGGCUGACCGGAUCGGGAUCAUUGCGCGCGGACAGCUCGUUGCCGAAGGCACGCUGGAAGAGUUGCGCGAACGAGCGAGCGCCGACGGCAAUUCCCUGGAGGACAUUUUCCUCAAAAUCGUGGGCGGCGGCUCCGAAGGCGGCGCACAAACGAGCAAAGCAGAUUACCCUGACGAGAAGGUGGCAUGA